AUUAUCUUCGAUUAAUUCGAAAAUUAAAAAAAAAUGGAGGUAAAUAAUUCAAAACUUAACCACCAUAUCAAGACUCUGUCUUUCUCUCAUAAAUAACCAACACCCACUCCAACUAACUAUCCUCCUCCACCUACAAAGAUCUCCAGCACCACCUUCCUCCACCACACACACAUUACUCGAAAUCUCGAAUGCAUAAACCUAAAAGCUUCUGUUAAGAACAAAUUCAAUGUUGAAAAUUAUUAGCACAAUGAUCAGACACUUAGUUUUUCUCUUGAUCAUUUUCUCAAGUGAUCUGCAGAAUUUUUUUUACUACGGAAAUUCUCUUUCCCCUGAUGGCCUUACUCUGCUGUCUCUGAAAUCCGCUAUCGACAAUGGCAGCACUAUCUUCUCCGAUUGGAAUGAGAAAGACUCUGACGCGUGUAACUGGACUGGCAUUGCCUGCUCCAACGUUUCUGGUGAAUCGCAUGUAGUUGGAAUUUCUGUCUCUGACAUGAAUAUUUCUGGCUACAUUCCGUCAGAGCUCGGAUCAUUAGCUUAUCUACGACGAAUCAAUUUUGGCGGGAAUAAUUUUCAUGGCCCUGUUCCUGAUCAGCUCUUUAAUGCAACGUCCCUGCACAGUAUUGUUUUACAUGGAAACAAUUUAUCUGGAAAUUUACCUCCGGGAAUUUGUAGUCUUCCGAUGCUUCAGAGGCUUGAUCUUUCGAAUAAUAGGCUUUUGGGUUCACUUCCGAAGGAAUUGAGAAAAUGUGGGAAAUUACAGCAGCUGAAUCUCUGCGGAAAUGAGUUUUCUGGAGAGAUUCCAGCUGGGAUAUUCGCGGAGAUGGUGAGCUUAGUUCAGUUAGACCUCUCGCGGAAUUCUUUUACUGGAAAAAUUCCAGAAGAUAUAGGCGAGUUGAAAUCGCUGUCAGGAACUUUAAAUAUGUCUUUUAAUAAUUUGUCAGGAAAUAUUCCAAGAUCUUUGGGUGAUUUACCGUUAACAGUGGAUUUUGAUCUUAGGAGUAAUAAACUGAGUGGUGAAAUACCGAAAAUUGGAUCAUUUUCGAGUCAAGGUCAGAAGGCGUUUUUGAAUAAUCCGCUUUUAUGUGGCUUUCCAUUGCGGAAAUCAUGUGAUGAUGUUAGUGUUAGUGCUGAAAGUUCAUCGGGAGAUCAGAGUUUUUCGCCAUGGAGUGAUGAUGAGAAUGCGGAAAAAGGAGUGAGCUUUGGUUUGAUUGUGUUGAUUUCGGUGGCUGAUGUGGUUGGAGUGGCGUUUAUUGGAUCCGUUAUUGUUCUUGUGUACUGGAGGAAGCAGAGUUGUCAUGGUUGUAGCUGCACUAGGAAUGGGAAGCUUGGUGGUAAUGAGAGAGGUUCUUUGUGCAGUUUUCCUUGUAUUUUUGGGGGGUUUUCGAGUGGUAGUGAUUCAGAAGGUGAGUCAGAAAAAGGCGGUGGAGGAGGAGGAGAAGGAGAUCUUGUGGCUAUUGAUAAAGGGUUUCGUAUAGAAUUGGAUGAGCUUUUGAGAGCAUCAGCUUAUGUGUUGGGGAAGAGUAGAUUGGGAAUUGUGUAUAAGGUUGUGCUUGGAAGUGGCGUGCCUGUGGCUGUCAGGAGGUUGGGAGAGGGCGGUGAAGAGAGGCACAAGGAGUUUGUGGCGGAGAUUCAGGCUAUUGGGAGGGUGAAGCAUCCGAAUGUUGUGAAGCUGAGAGCAUAUUAUUGGGCUACUGAUGAGAAACUUGUGAUUAGUGAUUUUAUCUGCAAUGGCAACUUGGUUGCUGCUCUGCAUGGGCGAUAUGGUCAGCCAUCGUUAAGCCUCUCUUGGGCAACCAGGCUAAGGAUCGCGAAAGGCGUUGCCAGGGGUUUGGCCUACCUCCAUGAAUGUAGUCCAAGAAAAUUUGUCCAUGGGAACAUCAAGCCAUCCAACAUCCUCCUUGACAAUGAAUUCCAGCCUUACAUCUCCGAUUUUGGCCUCAACCGGCUGAUUGAGAUCACUGGAAACAACCCCUCCACCGGUGGCUUAAUUGGUGGAGCUUUUCCCUACAUGAAGUCACUUAAUUCAGAGCAGGCUAACAACUAUCGAGCUCCAGAGGCUCGGAUGAGCACCAAAGCCACACAGAAAUGGGAUGUCUACUCUUUUGGAGUUGUCUUGCUUGAACUUCUGACAGGAAAGUCCUCAGAACUUUCAUCUGCAGCUGCAUCCACUUCUGCCGAGGCUCUUAAUCUAGUGAGAUGGGCAAAGAAAGGGUCUGAAGACGAAAACCCCCUCACAGAUAUGGUAGAUCCAUUAUUGCUGAAAGAAGUGCAUGCCAAGAAGGAAGUACUGUCAGUCUUUCACUUAGCUCUUGCUUGUACUGACGAGGAUCCUGAAAUUCGACCAAGGAUGAAGACAGUGUCUGAAACCCUGGAGAAGGUCAGACCAUAAGACUUCUGGUUUGUAACAAGACUAGCCAUCAAAGCUUCUAGCAUUCCCUUCAAACCUAAUUAAGGUCGGAUUAUAUAUCAGUUUCUUGCAGUCAUUGCACUUGGCUAAAUCUCAUAGUUCAUGAUUUUUGUUCCUGUCAUUGUAGUAUUGGUUUUGUAAUAGAAUUGUUAACAUAUCAGAUUCUUGUUAUCCUGUAGAAA